GCAUUAGAAAGUGAGUUUGUUUCCUGCCAGCUUCACCAGUGGAUUGAUCUGAUUUUUGGCUACAAACAGCAAGGGCCGGAGGCUGUUAGGUCCCUGAAUGUAUUCUACUAUUUGACUUAUGAAGGAGCUGUUAAUUUAAGUUCAAUAACGGAUCCCAUAUUGAGAGAGGCUGUUGAAGCUCAAAUACGAAGCUUUGGACAGACCCCUUCCCAACUGCUCAUAGAACCACAUCCUCCAAGAAGUUCUGCCAUGCAGGUGAGUCCAUUGAUGUUCACAGACCAAGCUCAACAGGACGUUAUCAUGGUUCUAAAGUUCCCAUCCAACUCCCCUGUGACUCAUGUAGCAGCCAACACCCAGCCUGGUCUGGCCACUCCUGCUGUGAUCACAGUUACUGCAAAUAGGCUAUUUGCUGUAAACAAGUGGCAUAAUCUUCCUGCUCAUCAAGGUGCUGUACAAGACCAGCCUUACCAGCUGCCAGUGGAAAUCGAUCCUCUCAUAGCCAGCAACACAGGUAUGCACAGAAGGCAAAUCACUGACCUUUUAGACCAAAGCAUUCAGGUACAUUCCCAGUGUUUUGUCAUCACCUCUGAUAAUCGUUACAUCUUGGUCUGUGGCUUCUGGGACAAGAGUUUCCGAGUUUAUUCUACUGACUCAGGUAAACUGAUACAAGUAAUAUUUGGACACUGGGAUGUUGUAACCUGUCUUGCUCGCUCUGAGUCCUACAUUGGAGGAAAUUGUUACAUUCUCUCGGGAUCGCGUGAUGCAACAUUGCUGCUCUGGUACUGGAAUGGCAAAACCAACAUCAUUGGUGAUAACCCAAGAG